GCUCUCUCUCUAAAGCUGCUCACACACAGCGACUCUCUCUCUAUCUCUCUUCUCCUCCUCCGGUUUCUCCGUGCUCCGUUCCGAAAGAGGGAGAGAGAGAAAAAGACCCGACCCGUUUGGGAUGAUCUCUUCUUAGCUCGGCGAAUAGCUUUCCUUUUUAGGUUUUGAAGAUAAUGUGGGUUUGAUUACUUUCUUACAACGUUUAUCAGAGCUCAAUGGAUUCUUCUCUCGAUGGAGCUGCGGGUGACUCAUCGAAAUGCAGUGAGAUGAGUGUUGAAGAGAAGAGACAGCUCGUUUACGAGCUGUCAAAGCAAUCAUCACAUCUAGCUCCUGAAGUGUUGCAGGCAUGGAGCCGCCAAGAGAUUCUGCAGAUCUUAUGCGCUGAGAUGGGGAAAGAGAGAAAAUACACCGGCCUGACCAAAGUCAAGAUCAUCGAGACUCUUAUGAAGAUUGUGUCCGAGAAAAACGCUGGAGAGUGUGAUGAGAACAAGAAGAAGAGAGAUUCUGAUUGUUGUUUGCCUGUUCAGAGAAGCGCAAAGAGGCCAAGGAAGGUCGACAACCCUACUCGCUACGUGGCUCCAACGAGUAACAACAAUGCCUCAGGUGAGGAGAAGACUACGUACUGCAACAACUUGGCUUGCAGGGCUGUAAUGAGACAGGGAGACACGUUUUGCAGGAGGUGUUCUUGUUGCAUUUGUCGUAAGUACGAUGAAAACAAAGAUCCUAGUCUCUGGUUGACUUGCAGCUCAGAUUCUCCGUUUGAAGGUGGUUCCUGCGGAUCUUCGUGUCAUCUCGAAUGUGCUUUCGAGAGCGAAAAGUCCGGUCUGGCAAAGCGAAGCGAGGAGUGCUGCUUUUACUGCGUCUCUUGCGGUAAGCCAAACAGCUUGCUUGAGUGUUGGAAGAAGCAGCUGACGAUUGCUAAAGAAGCCAGGAGGGUGGACAUACUCUGCUACCGUCUCUUACUAGUCCAGAAACUUGUGAAGGGAUCGAGUAAAUAUCGAAAUGUAUGUGAGGCUGUGGAGAAAGCUGUGAAGUGUCUUGAAGCUGAUGUGGGCCCUCUCACGAUGAAGAUGGGUAGAGGGAUUGUAAACAGACUAAACUCAGGACCUGACGUGCAGAAGCUUUGCUCUUCUGCUCUUGAAUCUCUUCAAACACUUGAAACUAAACCUCCUGAAGUUGCUGCAUUGCCUUCUCCUCGCAGCUCUAAGUGGUUGAGCAAUGAGAUAUCUGCAGAUACAGCAACCACAGUACCACCAACCAAGAUCAGAUUCGAGGAUGUUAAUGCGACUUCACUCACGGUGAUUCUAGCAUCCAGCGAAGUCGCCUCGCCUGCAAACAUUGUUCAUUACAGCAUUUGGCAUCGUAAGGUCACUGAGAAAGAGUACCAAGAGAAGUCUACUUGCACGUUGUUCACUCCAAACGCGAGAUUCGUCGUCUCAGGACUAGCUCCGGCGUCUGAGUACUGCUUCAAGGUUGUGUCCUUUAGCGGAACACGAGAGCUGGGAGUCGAUGUGAUCAAGGUUUUGACGCGUGGCCCUGAAGAAAGAAGCGAGAGCCCUCUCACAAACUGUAGCACAUUGUCUUCUAACCCUUCUUCUGCUGAAGCUGAGUCCAACAACGGCAAGAAAGACUCUCCGUCGACCGAGGAAAAUGCUGCGAAAAGGACUGUUGAACCAGACCUUGUGGAGGCCGAGAAGAACGUUGAAGGGGUUGUGUUGUCGGAUGAGGUGGAGGAAGAAGCUGUUCAGGACAAGAACGUCGCGGUUACUACAACUAAUGGAAACAGUUCUCCAGUUACUCCCUUUAAGUCAGACCAAACCAAGAACCGUCAAGUGAGAAACAAGAAGUUAGUUAAAGAUAACGGUAAUAACGGAGAUCAUCAUUCAGCAAACGGAGGAGCAGAGAGUGGACUAGAGCAUUGUGUGAAGAUCAUAAGGCAGCUCGAGUGUUCAGGUCACAUUGAGAAAGACUUCAGGCAAAAGUUUUUGACUUGGUAUAGCUUAAGAGCCACGCCACAAGAGAGCAGAGUUGUGAAGAUAUUCAUUGAUACGUUUACUGAUGAUCCCGUGGCUUUAGCUGAGCAGCUCGUUCAUACUUUCAGCGACCGCGUUUCGAUGAAGCGUUCUGCGAUUGGUGGUGGUGCGUCUGCGGUUGUUCAGUCUGGAUUCUGCAUGAAGUUGUGGCAUUAGAGAUGGAGAUUUGGGUUUAUCGGUUUUAUUUAUUUAAAGUUCUUUAGCUCUUUUUUUCUUUAAUUCUCAAAAUCAUUUUCAAAACUUUAUUUAUCAUUAUUGGGAAACUUGCAUUAUUAUUGGAAUAUUUCCAUGUUA